UCCUGUCCAGCUUCGAGCUUUCUUCCCUCCAUACCCAACCUCUUCACUUGCACUCUCAAUCCUCAGCUCUUCUCAGACUGCUUUCUCCUACGCCUUCAAGCUGGGAAGUCCUAUCAAACCAACCUAUCCAUAAGAACAAUCAAGCCUAUUGGAUCUUAUCGCUGUCUUCAGCCAUUUGGUCGCCCUCCUUGGCUUAGAGCACUUCUUGUGACGACACUACCUCGACUAUCGAGCAAUACACAACGGCAACAAUUAUAACACUCAAACAUCCAGGAACCUUUAGCUAGAGUUUCUUGGAGCUCGUUCGAUUUCAGAGCUCUCAAAACCUCUAUCACUUUCAACGCACCAAUCCGUCGGAGAUUCACAAGUCGCUUUACCGCAAUACCCGACACAUAAGUUCCUCAAAAUGGCCACUGCAUCAGUGUCAACACCCAUCAAAUCCCACAAGGGUCUUUUCUCCUCCCGUACCGCUGGCGGACGGAUGCCUCUGACCCCUUCCCCUCGUCAGCAUUCGGCCACCUCCGUUUCAGUAAACUUAAACUCCUCCCCGUUCACCCCUGAGAAGCAGUCGAGCAACGAGGCCUACCGCGCACCUGGCAAGUCUUCUUACAGCAGCAAUCUCACCGCACACCUGGCCAGAUCGACCACAUCCAAGUCGUCCCACCGCGACUCGCCCAAGUCCAAUAUUGCCAGAGGUGUCGCCACUCCCCGCAGAGCUCUCGAGCUUGGCGUCUCCGACUUCAGUCUGACUAGUGUUGGUACCUCCAAGACUCCCUCCAGCGCCAAGUCCAAGAAGAGUUCCCUCAGGCAAAAGACGGCCAAGACUACUGUCAAUUAUGGCGGCGACCGAUUCAUCCCCAACCGUAGCGCCAGCUCUGCCAUCUCCAACGCCGGCAGCAGCAAGCUUGACCGUCCCGACAAGCGUUCCAAGGUUAGCUCUAGCGAAGCCUCCAACAUCCUCUCCUCGGCCACUGAGGACGCUAUUGCUGCCCUUGAAGGCCUGAAUAUCGACGAUGAUGAGCCCGCUGCCUACUCCCGGCCUUCUCCGAAUACAGUAGCCUACCAGGACUCUCUCGCAAGCGCUUGCGGCGUCAGCCUCAACACCCGUAUCCUUCAGUUCAAGCCCGCACCCCCCGAGUCUUCUAAGCCCAUAGACCUUCGCCAGCAGUACAACCGUCCCUUGAAGCCUGCCAGUUCCACUUCGGCACAGUUUCGCCGACGCGUUGCUACUGCGCCUGAGCGUGUUCUCGAUGCUCCUGGCCUGAUUGACGACUACUACCUCAACCUGCUUGACUGGAGCUCUGGCAACCAGGUUGCAAUCGGUCUGGAGCGCAACGUCUAUGUCUGGUCUGCCGACGAGGGAAGCGUUAGCUGCCUCCUCGAGACCAGCCCUGACACGUACGUCAGCAGUGUCAAGUGGUCUGGUGAUGGUGCUUACGUCGGUGUCGGCCUAGGCACCGGCGAGGUUCAGAUCUGGGACGUCGCCGAGGCACAGAAGGUUCGCAGCAUGUUUGGUCACGACACUCGCGUUGGCGUCAUGGGCUGGAACAAGCACCUUCUGUCCACCGGUGCCCGUAGUGGACUUGUCUUCAACCAUGACGUCCGCAUUGCGGAACACAAGGUGGCAGAGCUGGUUUCGCACACCUCCGAGGUCUGUGGCCUUGAAUGGCGAUCUGACGGCGCCCAGCUUGCUACUGGAGGCAACGACAACCUUGUCUCCAUCUGGGACGCUCGCUCCCUAUCUGUUCCCAAGUUCACCAAGACCAACCACAAGGCCGCUGUCAAGGCCCUCGCCUGGUGUCCCUGGAACAUGAACCUUCUGGCAACGGGUGGUGGCUCGUAUGAUCGUCACAUCCACUUCUGGAACUCUACUUCGGGCGCUCGUGUCAACAGCAUCGACACCGGCUCACAGGUCACUAGCCUUCGCUGGAGCCCUCACUACCGCGAGAUUGUCAGCUCCAGUGGCUUCCCUGACAACUCUCUGAGCAUCUGGAGCUACCCUACCCUGGUCCGCAACGUGGAGAUCCCUGCGCACGAGAGCAGAGUCCUGCACAGCUGCCUCAGCCCCGACGGACAGAUGCUUGCCACUGCAGCCGCCGAUGAGAGUUUGAAGUUCUGGAAGGUGUUCGAGAAGAAGGCAGGGGCUGGCGUCGGUGUUGGCAGCAGCACUUCGUCGGUAAAGGCGGACAUGGUGAAGCAGAUGACGAUCCGGUAAGCGUUAGAUCGACUAAGCCUGGCGGAUGUCGGUCAAAGACGUCAAAAAAAAUGUAGGUAUAUCUCCUCUGGCAUUCGUCGGUCAUGAAUUCCUGGCGGUUGGGGUCAUCUUCAGCGAGGAGUUUGGGUUUUGUUACAUCCGACUCUGCGUGGCACGAAAGGGCUUCUCCACGACGGGAUAUGAAAUUGCUUGGUAAUGAGUAACGGCAGACGAUACCUAUCAUUGCCUGUAUAGGUUGAGGUAGCACCGUUUUUGAAGGAACAUGUACCAUUAGAUGCGUGCUUCUGGGUCAGAAAAGGCGGCAGCGGUAGGAGUGACAUGGCGCCGCCCUCACAUGAAUGGAAGCUGCGAUAUAAAUAACUGGGGAGAUGCGAAGUUCAGGUGACGACGUCUCGCAGAUCGAAGACGUACCAGGGUGGUCAUUGCGCCCCGCGUUCCGG